GUUUUAACAGAGGUUACGCGAUGCAUGAAAUUCAACCAGCCUUUGCAAUAAUAGAAUUCGACGAUGGAGUUUCCAUGAUAAGAAGAAGUUGGGCUUCUUUUAACGUAAAAGGGAAAAUUGACUCAAGUUAUUAUCCUCCUCCUAAAUUGUCAAAUGAUUUGAAAAAGCUUCUGCGCAAUGAAGAUGAGUUUACUCCAACCGAAGACUGGUGCAACGACGAAAAAAAACCGUAUAAGGUUAAGAGACACAUUUGCAAUGCAAAAAAUUACGAAGACGCUUUAAAUAAGUUGAAAAUGGCUUUAGAAAUGUCAAAAGUAGAAACAGAUGACAAUGUCAAUAAUUUAAAAUUAAAACAAACGCGACACGAGAGGCAUAAAAAAAUUUUAAGUUCAGAUACAAAAUCCGACAACUUUGAUGAUUCCAAUAAUGGUGGAUUUAAUCCAUCUAUUCCUGAUCCUAGGAAGGCAAAAAAGAGAAAAAUCGAAAAUGUAAUAGGCGAACGAAAACUAAUUCCAUAUGAAAGUUUGGACACAGAAUCACAAACUGAUAAAGCUGAUGAAUUACUCGUAGUUGAAAACAAUUUAAAUGAGCCUGCAAACAUGUCGGAUUUCGUUUCAUCGCAAAAUGAAACUCUUGAAAAAGAGCAGGAUGUAGAAAACAAAAUUCCGGAGGAGAAUGAAGAAGAAGAAUGUCAUUGUAGAGGAGGCCGAGGACGUAAAGGAAGGAAAAAAUCAAAAUUUGAAGACAAGCCUGAAGAAAUAGAACAAUGGAACUGCUCCGAGAAAGAGAUCAGAAUAUUCAAAAAAUUAAAUACAAUCGGAAUGAUGGUAGAAUAUUUGUGUCACCAGCUUAGUGCGACCAAUGUAGGUAAACCCGAGGACGAUGAGGAAGAAGAUGAAGAGAUGGCUGAUUUUCCAGCCAAUACUGAAGACGAAGCCAAAUUACUGAAUAAUAAAUUAAACGACAAAAGAUUUUCGAAAAAAGUCGUAAGUAUGCUUUAAAAUUAAAUUAAAUACUACUAUUUGCACCUUCCCUGGCAAAUUCUGUUGACCAAAGUCUGAUCAAAAUCGAUUGGAUGAAAGAAUGCUAAAUAAUGCUAAAUUAGUCAUUUUUAGUUGAUUUUUUCAAAAACUAUGUAAAAUUAAAUAAACUAUAAUUAAUAAUUA